GUCAAUCGUACAUCUAAUUACGUAAAAACACAUCGUUGUAAGAUUCUCGGCACUUCAUCACGCCUCCAAUUCCGAAGAAGGGAGUAUUCGGCGUGCCAAGACUCCAUGCCGAUGCCGAACCCGAGCACUCCGAAUCCGAAUUCCCCACUUCGGAACCAAGUUCCGCAAAUUUUACAACGGCAUAUGCAGAACUAAAGAAAAGUGGCCAAUGCCGAUACAAACAUUUAAAGUUGCAGAUUCCGGGGUAAGCACGGCGGGCGUCACCGAACCACUCUCUGUCUGUAGGUAAUCAUAUUAUCCGAUUUGGUGUGACAUCCAGCUUUCAGGCUUAAGGAGAGAUCGAACCAUAUCCUCCUAACAUUACACACGGUCAUAAUGCACCACUCCUCCCCCAUGAUUGAUUCGUUACAGCGACUUGGUUGCAUCCAUUUUUUUUCGUUCUGUUUCAAGUUUCUAAUCUGGGCUCGUAACAAUAAAGUAGAGACGUACACUGAGCUUGUAAAUGCAAUAUGGCGUUGUGGAAUCAUAAACAGCAUAUGCCGGAGCUGCAAGACAAAAUCGCCUUCGUAACAGGCGGGAACGCAGGUAUCGGCUACCAUGCCGUAGCGUUCCUAGCUAAGGCCGGCGCUAAAGUGUAUUUUGGGGCACGAUCGACCGCAAAAGCCGAAGCGGCCUGCGAGAGAAUGUACCGGGAGAACCCGGGCUUGCGGCCAGGGCAGGUAAACUGGAUACAGGCGGACAUGGCCUCUAUGGCGAGCGUUCUGGCCGCCUGCGGCAAGCUUCGCGCCGCCGAGUCCAAGCUGCACAUAUUGAUCCACAAUGCCGGCCACGAAGGAACAGAGCCGUCCAAGAUGGCGGAUUCCGGUAUCCAGAUCACCAUGCAGACAAAUUACCUGGCGGUGUUCGCCAUGACCCAAGAACUUCAGCCGCUGCUUAGAGCUGCUGCUUUGGAGAAAGACUCCGACGUUCGUAUCGUUAAUGUGAGCUCGAAUGCUCCGUCUGUAACUCACUCUGCAGAGUGGCGCCCGGACUUUUCCGACCCUCAUGGCGGGGACAUACUGUACCCCGCUGGCCGGGAAGGCGGCUUUAUGGCUGCGAUGCGGAGAUACAGCGUGUCCAAGAUAGCGAUGAAUCUGCUAAGUUCGCAGUUACAAGCUCGUUAUGACCGGGAGGGUGUGCCGAUACUGGUAACAUCCAUUUGCCCCGGAACGGUAUGGACACCCGGCACUAGGCGUGCUGUGCCCUGGUAUCUCUUGCCAGUCUCCUAUUGCUUCAGUUAUAGUGAGGUUGAUGGCCCUAGGCCAGUGCUAUUUGCUGCAGUGGCUCCCGAGGUUCGCGAACAAGAAAGGUAUUACAAGGGGCAAUUCGUCAAUAGGACCCAUUUGGUAGUCAAGGGCCACCCUAUCACUUACAGUGCUGUAGCAGGCAAGCAACUAUGGUCGGCGAGCGAAGAGCUUGUCAGUGAGUACAAGCAGAAAACAAAGCGAUGACGAAAUGUCCCGAUGCUAGGUACCUAAUUACCAAGAUACCUAGUGCGCAGGCAGGGAACUUGGAAGCAGCAUGCUGGGUAUAAUGUAUUAUUCACGCGCCAAUAUGACUUUAAUGAUAACCUGCCUCUUAGAAGUGACAAGUAGUUAUGAAUAUUGAUUGACUGACGCUUUAUCCACACAACCAAAGGACUAUAUGUA